CCGGUGCUGUGCAGAGUCCUGCAUUGGCCGCCACUAUAGUUUAAAAGCCUGGUUUGAGUUUUUUUUUAAGAGUUCUCAGGAAGUCUGGGGGAGGGGCGAUGCAGUUUUUUUGUUUUAGUGGGCCCCUUUGUCGAGAUGGAACAAGAGGAAAGAUCUGUCUGCUCGUUUUGCAUAGACACAUCAGUUAUUCCCAGGGAAACUUCCCAUCGUCUCUAAAAGGGACUGCGCCGGGGUGAGGGACCAGCUCAGAAUGGAGCUGCUAGUGCUGAUCAAUGCCUUGGUUACACGGCUGCUCUUUGUUUUACACUCUCUGGUCGGGGUCUGGAGGGUGACUGAAGUGAAGAAGGAACCCAAGUACUGGCUGCUAGCAUUGCUCAACCUCCUCCUGUGCCUGGAAGCUGGUCUCACCCUCAAGUUUAAGCAAGGCAAAGGCUACAAAUGGUUUUCUCCAGCAAUAUUUUUUUAUCUGAUUAGCACCGUACCAUCCUUAUGGCUACUAGAAACUGAUCCUGAAACUCAGGUAUUUCUUAUAUACUUGAAGGAGAUAUCUGAAAACGGAUUCUUUCAUUCAUGAUUAUUCUGCUAGGUCUUAUUGCCAUUCUUCAUUCCAUUCACUGGUGACUCUAUCAAUGGCGCUCCAAUUCUAGCAACAUCUUUUGGCAACAUUUGGAUUCUAGUUCUAGUUCUACUGUUGAUUUCCUGUGAUUUUGGGCAAGCCUCAGUUUAUCUUUUUAAGAAGUAUGCUUAUACUUACUCCUUUUUGUGAAACAUUGUGUGGCUGUAGAUUAAAGGUGCUCUGCUAAGACUAGGUCCUCUUGAGUAUGUCUACACUACAGCACUAAUUCGAACUAACAAUUCGAAUUAGUUAAUU